UGCGGCUGAGGCCGCGUCAGAGCAGUGCUCCCGCUGCCCGGCGGCUCAGACCCGGCCCGAGCGCCGCCGAGGACGCGGACGGGGACCUGCUCGGGCACAGGCGCUGCGCCGGAGGCUCUUCUCUCGGGCCAGGGCUGCGCGACCAUGGCGGACAAGGAAGCUGGCGGCAGCGACUCUGGGCCCCGAGAAACGGCCCCCGCAUCUGCAUAUUCAUCUCCAGCCCGGAGUCUGGGGGACACAGGAAUAACACCUCUGUCUCCUUCCCAUGUUGUGAAUGAUGCCGACUCGAAUGUCUCGGAGCAGCAGACGUUUCUUGUGGUGGUGGCCGUCGACUUUGGGACCACUUCCAGCGGCUAUGCCUACAGCUUCACCAAGGAGCCAGAGUGCAUCCAUGUGAUGAGGCGAUGGGAAGGAGGGGACCCUGGGGUGUCCAACCAGAAGACUCCAACCACCAUCUUGUUGACCCCCGAGAGGAAAUUCCACAGCUUCGGGUAUGCCGCCAGGGACUUUUACCACGACCUGGAUCCCAGCGAGGCCAAGCAGUGGCUGUACCUGGAGAAGUUCAAGAUGAAGCUGCAUACCACGGGGGACCUCACCGUGGAUACAGACCUGAUGGCAGCAAACGGCAAGAAAGUCAAAGCCCUUGAAAUCUUUGCCUACGCCCUGCAAUACUUUAAGGAGCAGGCACUGAAGGAGCUGAGUGACCAGGCAGGUUCGGACUUUGAGAACUCUGAUGUCAGAUGGGUCAUCACGGUGCCUGCCAUCUGGAAACAGCCCGCCAAGCAGUUCAUGAGACAAGCUGCCUACCAGGCAGGCCUGGCCUCCCCCGAGAACUCGGAGCAGCUCAUCAUAGCCCUGGAGCCCGAGGCGGCCUCCAUCUACUGCCGGAAGCUGCGACUGCACCAGAUGAUCGAGCUGAGCAGCAAGGCGGUGGUCAAUGGGUACAGCUCCAGUGAUACAGUAGGAGCUGGGUUUGCACAGGCUAAGGAACACGUACGGCGUAAUCGGCAGAGUCGGACCUUUUUGGUGGAGAACGUCAUAGGAGAAAUCUGGUCCGAGCUGGAGGAAGGUGACAAGUAUGUGGUUGUGGACAGUGGCGGUGGCACAGUAGACUUGACAGUCCAUCAGAUACGGUUACCAGAGGGACACCUUAAAGAACUGUAUAAAGCAACAGGUGGACCCUAUGGCUCCUUAGGAGUAGAUUAUGAAUUUGAGAAGCUUCUGUGUAAAAUAUUUGGAGAGGAUUUUAUCGAACAAUUCAAAAUCAAGCGACCUGCAGCCUGGGUUGACUUAAUGAUCGCGUUUGAGUCUCGCAAAAGGGCGGCUGCCCCGGACCGAACGAACCCGCUGAACAUCACCCUGCCCUUCUCCUUCAUCGACUACUACAAGAAGUUCCGUGGGCACAGUGUGGAGCACGCCUUGAGGAAGAGCAAUGUGGAUUUUGUGAAGUGGUCCUCGCAGGGGAUGCUGAGGAUGAGUCCAGAUGCCAUGAAUGCCCUUUUUAAGCCAACCAUCGACAGCAUCAUUGAGCAUCUCCGGGACCUGUUUCAGAAGCCCGAGGUGUCCACUGUGAAGUUCCUCUUCCUGGUGGGCGGCUUUGCCGAGGCGCCGCUCCUGCAGCAGGCCGUGCAGGCUGCCUUUGGCGACAAGUGCCGCAUCAUCGUCCCCCAGGACGUGGGCCUCACCAUCCUCAAGGGCGCCGUCCUCUUCGGCCUGGACCCUGCCGUCAUCAAGGUGCGCCGGUCUCCGCUCACCUACGGGGUGGGCGUGCUGAACCGCUACGUGGAGGGCAAGCACCCGCCCGAGAAGCUGCUGGUGAAGGAUGGCACUCGCUGGUGCACCGACGUUUUCGACAAGUUCAUCUCUGCCGACCAGUCCGUGGCCCUGGGGGAGCUGGUCAAGCGUAGCUACACGCCGGCCAAGCCCUCCCAGCUGGUCAUCAUCAUCAACAUCUACAGCUCUGAGCACGACGACGUGAGCUUCAUCACCGACCCUGGGGUGAAGAAGUGCGGCACGCUCCGCCUGGAUCUCACGGGGACCAGCGGCACGGCUGUGCCCCCUCGGAGGGAGAUUCAGACCCUCAUGCAGUUUGGGGACACCGAGAUCAAGGCCACGGCCAUCGAUAUAGCCACCUCCAAGAGUGUCAAGGUUGGGAUUGACUUCUUAAAUUACUAACCGGCCUCCCUGCCGCCUGCCCCCGUGGACGCACUCACCUGCAUCUGCUGACCUCAGCCCUGACUGCUGGCCCCGCCCUGCCCCUCACCAUUGCCCACCUGAAUUUCAGCAGCGAAGAUGAGAACAACCAGGGCUGGAAUAAUUAGGGAUUUUUGAGGGCACACUGGAGUCAGAAAAACUCUUGGAAAUUAAGAUCGAGGUUUAGGAAUAAGCAAUUCAAAGAUCCUAAGAGCAGCUGGUUUUCACAGGUACAAAGUGGUGAGACACCCACCCAACAAGGGAAUCAGUAUGUUUCUGCAGCAGUGACUGAGUUUGCUUUGAACAGAUCUCCAUUAAGUAGAACUUAGGAUGCCCUAUUGCUGUCUUUCCAGAUUUGAAAUGAGAUCUUUGAGCCAGGGGAAGAUUCUUCAUCUCUGAGACUUUCCUUUUUACCAUUUUUGGACGGCAGUCAAUAUAAAAUGCCAUCCAUCUGCAGUUCAUUUCUUUUCUUCAUCAUGUGAUUCAAAGUGGUGAUUCAGUGGGAACUUGGAGCAUUUUUAGCUGGUGGGAGAGGACUGCCUACACUGGGCACUAUUUUAGGUUCUCAUAAUUUAAAUUCCAAAUAGGUUCCAUGAAGAAUAACUGUAGCUUUGGCUAAUCCACUAGGAUUUGUGUGAGUGGGAGGGCUGAUACCUCAACUUUUCUGUAGGUAAAAACUUCUUUGAGGGAAAUGGAUAUUAAAGAGCUCCUGACCUAUCCCACAUUAUAUGCUGUGAUAUAAUUCCCAGAAUGCCAAAUCCUGAUUUCUGAAUUCCUAAGUAAUUCUAAUUAACCUUCAUAGGAUCCUGUGUGAGAAAGUGAGGCUGCAAUUUGCCUCGUCCA